AUGGCAGCCGGAGGGAGGGGGGAAACGGCCGCGGCGACGUUCAAGUACGACCGCAACGCGGGCGACGGCCUCGCGGUCGACAUCGGGGCUCCGGUAUCGACUGUGGCACUGGCGCGCAUUCGCCGGGAGCUCGAAGAGAUCCGGUACAGGCCACUGAACAACUGCUCCGCGGGGCCCCUGUACACGUCCGACCUGUUCAACUGGACCGCCACCAUCGUGGGUCCUGAGGACACGCCGUACGAAGGAGGCGCCUUCCUGCUCGACAUCCGUUUCCCCGCGGACUACCCCUUCAGCCCGCCCAUGGUGAAAUUCACCACAAAGAUCUACCACCCAAACAUCGUCGCCGACGAAUUCAUCUGCCUCGACAUCCUGAAGACGCGCUGGACCCCGGUCUUAACCAUAUCGGACGUACUACUCUCCAUCUGGUGUCUGCUCAAGGAGCCGAAUCUGGAGGAGCCCGCCGAUCCAGUGGCCGCCACCGUGUACUACGAGAACCGCACGCUCUACGAGAGCACGGCGCGCAAGUGGACUUCCGAUCAUGCGAUGCUUUAG